CAGGAAUGUGUGUGUUUCUUCUGCCUGUCUUUUUCCAGCUCUUUCUGCAUGCUGAUCACUGAGUUCAGUUAGAGCGAACGGGAAGCCCCAGUGUAGAGGAGCUGCAGAACAAAAGGCGCCGACCUCAUAAUGACCUUCAAACUGAGCGCGCUGCUGCUGGUUCUGGCCGCCAUGACGGUUCUGGCGGCGGCCCAGAAGCGACGCCCAACGACCAAAACCAACAAUGAAUGGAACUACAGAGAUGGAGCGGAGCGGGUCAGCAUGCGGGGCGUGGCCAACCUGACCCAGGUUCUGGACGACUGGCGGUUCGACAUCCUGACCCAGAUGAAGAGUCUCCUGCAGAACGACCAUCAGACUCUGCUGCCCGACUACAGCAGGAUCAACCCGCUGUCUGAGGCCUUAGACGACCUCUACAAGGAGUUCAACGCCCUGAAGGAGCGCCUCGGCGACCUGACGGAGAAGUUCACCGCCAUAGAAAGCUUCAUCGACGAAGUGAAGGCCAGUCGAGCCGGUAACACUGGAGCGGGUCCGGCUCCGGCGCCGGCUCCGGGUCCAGGCCCGGCUCCGGCUCCGGGUCCAGGUCCAGUCCAGCGCCAGGGACGCAGGAUGAUAAGGAAGAAAACCACCACAUCAACCUCCACGUCAACUUAAACGCUCUGACUUCUCCUUCCUUCCAGCUUCAGUAUCAGCAGGUUAACCCACCAUCCUCACUCUCAAGGCAUUAAACUCUGAGCAGAAUGACUUUGUCAUCUUUACACUUUGAAACUGGAGAAAAACACGUCAAUAUGGCCGCCAGGCAGGCCUGGACAGAGAACCCAAACACUGUGCAGAAGCAACAGUAGAACUACUGCAACAUGUUUUUACUCAAGUAAAAGUAGACAGUAAAAAUAGUCCCAAAAGUAGAUUUUUCAAUUUAGUAAAUGUAAAUCCUUACUAUUGGACACGCCCAAUUUUUCCAAAGUGUCAACAUGUCAGAAUGCUGAGCGUGCAUUUUACACCGUGGUUGAUAAAAUCAUCUCACUCACUUUUCACAACACAUUUUUAGGGAAUAAAACCUUUAAUUGCUUGUUAUUGUGGAAGUUUCUGGACAGUUUGACCAUCAACUGUCAAAACAGGAAAGGAAGCAUCAUUUAAUGUCUACACUGCAAAGACACAGAAUCUUACAGAGAAUUUUUGUUUAGCUUUGGUGCAAAUAUCUUAGUACUCCUGAAAUAAGACAAAUUAACUCAUAAAUAACUUCUCAGCAAAUGUAGGAGCUUGUUUUGAGACAAUUAUUUCUUAAAAUUGUGGAAAAAGGUUGAGUUCCACUGACACAUUAUUUUACUUAUAAGAUGGGAAAAAUAUAUGUGAAAUUAUCUAACAAUGAAACUGGCAUUUUUCAUCAGUAUUAAUGAAUCAUUUAAUUAAAACAAGCUCCUGCAUAUUGAUGAAAAGUUCAUUUUAUCUGAUCUCAAGUGUACUAAGAUAUUUGCACCAGAAACUCAACCAAAAUUACUUGAUAUAAUUUUGAGUUUUUGCAGUGUAAAACCUUCCUGCAGGAUUUAAAUUUGACCUUAAAGUUCUCAUCUUAAAGGCAUUCAUUUAUGUAAUUUUACUACAAAAGCUACUUAGGAAAGGGUGAAGUAUUUUUUAAGUUUUUCUUUCAGAUUAUUAGUCAAAUAAAUGUGUGAAUCUGUUUGAGAAACCAAAACAUUUGAAGUUUUGUUGUGAGCUCAGUUAGCUAACACCUUUGUUUGGACCUGAAAGCAGAAACUUCUCCAGGCUUUCAGACAGCAUGCGAUGCCUUGGGAGUGAUUACAAAGCACAAUUUUAUCUUGCUUUUCCAGAAGCCUGUUCUGUCUCAUUUAUUAUUAACAACAGUAGAAAUUAAACCAGAAGAACAGAUGAGAAACCUAAUUUGCCACGAGCUUUAAAAGCUGUCAACAUGGCUUUAUUCCUGUAUUCUUACGAUACAAUAUGCACAUGUUUCCCUUUUUACGGUUUAUUAAUUAAUGCAGCCAGAGGACACACAAACACAAACACUUGUUCAAAACAACCUGACUUUAAAAAAAAGUUAUCAGGUGAAAUGAUCACAUGCUGGGCUGCAGUGGUGUAUAUUAAAUGCAGAAAAAGUAAAAGCGUUCUUUGCUUAAUAUAACCUGAGACUGAAUCAAAGGCAGCAAGAUGAGGGAAGAAUCAUGAAAAGUGCUGCUAUGCAUCAUAAACUGCACAGAAAAAGCAAGUUCAUCUGUGAAUCUGAGUAUUUCCAUGAAGCUCUUUCAGAUUUCCAGGCUUCUGAAACGUUCCUGAGCUCCGCGCCUCGUCUCUGUUCUUCCAUUGUAACCAAAUAAACUCGUUUGUUGCAUUCA